AAAUGUAGGCUUUCAAUAAAAAUACACAUAAAUAAAUACAAAUAGCGUUAAUUUGAAGAGUUAUGUUUAUAUAUUUUUUUAUAUCAUAAAUCAUUUUCUUUUCUUCUCUGUACUUUUCUUGAAUAACAGUUGCUUGUUUCAUACAGCAGAGGCGAUGGUUUAUUGUGAAAGUUUUGCCCGGAAGUCGUCCAUCUUGCCUGCCUCUAGCUUGACACCAGUGUGUUGGGAUUCAGUGUGGCAGCAGGGGAAAUCAGGGAAAUCUGGGAUAUCUGGGAAAGCGGAGUCGGUGAAAACCGGGAAUAAACCGGCAGAUAUCCCGACGAAGCCUUGACCGUCGCACCGCGGGGCUCCCCGCCGGACACCUCUCCUCGGUCUUCCCGCUGCUGGCUGCGGUUUUUUCCUCCAAGAAAUCUCCCUGGAUCCGCACGGGUGAUCAAAUUCAUCCACUCUGUGCUGUGUUGGAACUGGACUGAGCAGUGUUAGCAGACCAAAGAUGGAACAAGUGUCAGAUGAAGAGGUGGAGGUCAGGGGGGAAGAGGAGGAGGAAGAGGAGGACAGUGAUAAGGAGGACCAGGACCUGGACAAGAUGUUUGGAGCCUGGCUGGGAGAGCUGGACAAACUCACGCAGAGUCUGGAUGAUGGACGCCCGGAGCAGCCCCCUCAGCAGAAAGCUCCCCUCAGACAAGAGACUAACAUGGCCAACUUCUCCUACAGAUUCUCCAUCUACAACAUCAACGAGGCAUUGAACCAGGGGGAGAACGUGGAUCUCGAUGCUCUCAUGGCCGAUCUCUGCUCGAUUGAACAGGAGCUCAGCACCAUCAACACCAAACCCAACAGCGCUGGCAGCUUGGCUCGUCUGGGGCUGACCGACACCAAGGUCCGUCAGAAGCCUCCUGCAGGGCGCAGCAGCAGGCAGCAGCCAGCAGGGAGCAGCUGUGGCAGUGGUGGUGGCAGCAGCAGUAACAGUGUCAGUGGAGGAGGGGGCAGCAGCGGGGCGAGCAGCAGCAGCAGCAGCACUCGAGCAUCCCCGGCUGGAACUAUCAGAGCUCCCACCGGGCAUCAUGGGAGACCGCCGCUGGCCUCCAACUUCAGCCUGGAUGACAUCACUGCCCAGCUGGAGAAGGCCUCUCUCAGUAUGGAUGAAGCUGCUCGUCAGACGUCCUCCCAUUCUCUUAGCUCCGCCUCCUCCUAUACGUCCGCCACAAUGCGACGGCCCGGAUCCUCUCAGCGGCAGCAUCGACGCACAGGAUCGGUCGGCACAGUCAGUGAACACGAGGCGCGUUCCAUUGUUCACUCCUCGCGCUCCUCCGUCACCUCGGCAUCCGGGGUUUCUGUUAACUCUGCUUCCUCCAUGGAUUCGCUGGACAGUGUUCUUCGUGCCAAUGAGUCAGACAGCCAGCAGCCGUCAGGGACUCCAUCAGCUGGAGCCAGUCAAGGUCACCCCAACACAGAGCACUCCUAUCUGGACAGGGAAACUUCUCUGAUUCUGAGAAACAUAGCAGGAAAACCUUCCCACCUGCUGACCAAGGAGGAGCAAGCUGCCAAGCUGAAGGCAGACAAUAUCCGAGUCGCCCUUGAGAAGAUCAAGGAGGCCCAGGUGAAAAAGUUGGUGAUCCGCGUCCAUCUGUCAGACGAGAGCUCCAAAACCAUGAUGGUGGAUGAGAGGCAGACAGUCAGACAGGUUUUGGACAGUCUGCUGGAGAAAUCUCACUGUGGCUACAGUCCAGACUGGUCACUGGUGGAAACCAUCAGCGAGCUGCAGAUGGAGCGGAUUUUUGAGGAUCACGAGAACCUGGUGGAGAACCUUCUGAACUGGACCAGAGACAGCCAGAAUCGCCUGAUGUUCACUGAACGCAUCGAGAAGUAUGCCGUGUUCAAAAACCCACAGAACUAUUUGUUGGGGCGGAAGGAGACCUGUGAGAUGGCUGAAAGAAACAAAGAGGCUCUGUUGGAGGAGUGUUUCGGCGGCAGCUCGGUGUCCGUCCCGGAGAUGGAGGGAGUGUUGUGGCUUAAAGAGGACGGGAAGAAGUCGUGGAAGAAACGCUACUUCCUGCUGAGGGCUUCUGGCAUCUACUAUGUCCCCAAAGGAAAAGCCAAGGCAUCCAGAGACCUGGUGUGUUUCCUCCAGUUGGAUCAUGUCAAUGUGUAUCUUGGCCAGGACUACAAGAGCAAGUACAAGGCUCCUACAGACUACUGCAUGGUGCUGAAGCACCCUCAGAUCCAGAAGAAGUCUCAGUACAUCAAGUACCUCUGCUGUGAUGACAUCAGAACCCUCCAGCAGUGGAUCAACAGUAUUCGCAUCACCAAGUAUGGGAAGCAGCUGUACAUCAAUUUCCAGGAGGCGAUGAGAAGGACAGAGGCGGCCUAUGAUUGGUCCUCCCUCUCUUCAUCCUCCAUCAAGUCAGGAUCCAGCUCCUCCAGCCUUCCAGAGUCCCAGUCCAACCACUCCAGCCAAUCAGACAGUGGCGUUUCAGAGAUGACAUCGUCAAGCCACACCCGCUCCCAGAGUGUCGUUAGCUCCAUCUUCUCCGAUGCAUGGAGGAGAGGGACGCAAGGAGAGAUGAUGAGGAUCGACCCUAUCAGUAGGCCUAUCCCUCUCCAGAUACCUUCCCUCUCGCCCCAGCCCCUCCCUCUCUCUCAGCCUCAGACUCCUCCCUCCCGGAGCAGCUACACUGAUGGCCUCAUCCCAUCUGACGAUUCCUCCCCAUCGCCACCGUCGCCUCCUCCACCGCCGCCUCCCCCACCUGUCGCGAGUGUGGCCCAUCAGUCAGCACCUACCUCCUCGUACAUCAAGUACAGCACGCUGGCACGCCUGCAGAGCCAGAACCAGUCCAGGACGCAGCCAGCAGGAGCUGUCCCACCUAGCCUUCCAACACAGUUUUCCAAACCCAACUACAAUACCCUCCCAGCUGCUUACAGCACCUCGCCUCCACUACCCCCAUCUCCUCCACCUCCUCCCCCACCUACGGUGCCAGCUCCUGGCUCAGCUAUGGCCGCACUGAAAUUUGGUCCACCAAGCCCCUCUGGUCUCCCACCUCCACCCCCACUUGAGGAGGACGUGCAGGACAUCCACUACCUCCCACCUCCUCCACCGGAGAGCCUGGAGGCCAAUGGGUUGCCUCCACCCCCGCCACCAGAACCCAUCCUCAACCCCUGCGCUCAACUCUCCAACAGUGGCCUCCAGCAGUUCCUGGCACAGAAAUUUCCCAACAUGGUGUACGACUUCGGCCCACCAGUGGAUGACAAUAAUUCUCCUCCUCUACCACCUCCAGCUGAGCUCUCUCCUCCUACCUCCCUACAAGUUCUCCAACCUCUGUCCCCCAAUGCACCCCCUCCUGCACCUCCCAAAACAUUCACUGGUGUUUUUCCACCUCAAACUGCCCCCAAACCCUCUGGUCCUUCUUCCCUUCCAAUUGCCCUCUCACCUGUGUCACCAACACAGCCCCAGAGCAGCCACGGGCCAGUUAAAAAGCAGCAAAGUUUCUCGACAGGACAUUCCCCAAAUCAGCCACCUCCCACUCUGCCAAAGCAGCACAGCCUAUCCUCCAAAAACCUGGCCAUCUCUCCCUCUUCCUCCUCUUCUUCAGUCUCCAUUGCAGCAGCUACCUCCUCUUUGGUCAAACAGAUUGUCAAUCAGUUCCCUGGAAACUCUGCCCCUUCCUCUCUGCCUGCCUCCAACUCCAUGGAAGGAUCUAAAUUCUCUGCUCCUCAGUCCCCUCCAGCGGUCAAGGCCAAGCCAAAGUGGCAGCCAGGAGGCGUCAUGGCUCCACAGUCCCCAGAGUUCCCUCCACCCCCUGCUGACAACUCCCAUGGAGAUUUCCCUCCUCCUCCCACUUCGUCCUCCUCAAAGACAGGCUCUCCCAUAAAGAAGUCACCAUCCACCUCUUCCACAGGAUCAAGCAAAAGGGGGCCUCCGCCAACCCCACAGAGAGCUUCCUCCAUCCGGGGCAGCUCAGGUGAUACCCAGGAUGAGAGGCCAAAGAAGGUGGAGAGCCUGGUCAACAAAUUUGGUCAAGCUCCACAAACAGGUACUUCGUCCAGCUCCUCAUCAGUGACGGGGUCUCCAUCAAAAGAAUCUUCUUCUGCUGCUCCACUCCCUAAGCCAGGCAAGCUGAACUUGGCGAACCUACCGUUGGCACUCCAGGGGCUGCAAACAGGCCAACAACGUCAGUCCUCUGAGUUCCCAUCCCCUCCUCCCCCCCCUCCCCCCUCCCAGCCUCCUCAUGUUGAUACAUCACCUGAUUACUUCCCACCUCCCCCUAGUGACUUUGAGCUUUUCCCUCCACCUCCCCACCCAUCAGAGUUCCAUCACCCACCAAAGGUUGCUGUGGUGAACCCCCAGCCUCAACAGUCAGCAACAUCUUCCUUGUCGUCAUCGUCAUGGAAACAAGGCUCACUGAAAAAGGGGGUAGCAGUUCCCCCUCCAACACUAAAUCGGCGGACCAGUACCACAGCCCAGUAUGACAAUACAACUUCAAUGCCCCUGUCUCCACCUCCUCUAUCCCAGACCCCACCUCCCUCCCUGUCCUCUUACUCUUCCUCUUCUUCUCCUAUCCCCCCCACAUCCCCAAAAUCAGCAGGGCCGGGCUCCCUGGCACUGAAGCCUCUCUUCCUGGAAGACCUUAACCGCACCCUUAAGAGGAAGUCUGUAGUCCGCCAUGGCUCGCUCACCUCCUCCAGCCUCAUCCCCUCCUCUAAGAUGGAGCCUGUGGGCACCAUGGACGACAUGGCACUCCUUCCUCCACCUCCCCCUGAGCUCCUGCAGCAGCAGGGUGUCCGAGGACACUCCCAAACGUUGUCUCGCCACCACUCGCACUCCCACUCCACCAAACAUGCCAACAUCUCAGGCUAUGCAACGCUGCGGCGAGGCCCACCUCCCGCUCCUCCAAAACGGGACCAAAGCACCAAACUGACCAGUGACUGGUAGGGUGUAAAGACCCUGAGUGGAGCCUAAAGAACUGAACUGACUAUUUAGGCCUCAUUGUUCCAACAGAGAAAAAGUAAUCAGUGUCUGUCUUGACUUGUCCGUCUCUCCUCAUCCUAAACCACCCCCCCCUGGAUUCCGAGCAAGUAGCAAGACGUCUUUCCUACUCUUAAUCUCAGAUUAUGAUUGUUCCUAAUAUCCUCAUUAUUAAUAUCAUCCUCAUCAUUACUAUCAUUACCGAUACAUGUUUAAUCCAAUGACAUGAGUAAAAGUAUAUAUAUGUAUAUAUAUAUACAUAUAUAUAUAUAUAUCUGUAUACAAGCAAGCCAGAAAAAUCACCUAUCAAGCUUUUUUCACAAUGUCUGUGCAGCUUUGCAUUGAAAUAUACAAAGACAAGACUUGAACGACAACGGCAACAGAGACAGUUUGCUGCAAAAUAACUGGUACUGCAUGGAGCCGUGGCAAUGGAAGUAGCAUUACUGAUGAAGGGAAGGAGGGAUCAAUGGAAGGAAAAAGAGAUGCAAAAGUGGAAUGGUGUUUUUUGUGUGUAUGUUGUGAACUAGGGGGUUGGGAGUGUUGCCAUUUAUUUCAAACUUUUUUGUGUGUGUUUUUAUAUAAGAUUAUUUAAUACUGGAAAGAUAUUGUUAUUAUAAUUAUUUUAAGUUUUUAAGAAGUGUCACGAGAGAAGGAGUUCGACUGGACAUGGGUCGAUAUUGUCAAAAUAUGUCAAAGUGUUGAUCUGGGUGACCAAGAUUCAAGAUUAAUUUAAUUGUCAUGCAUUACACGAUUGUAUGAGGAAAUUUCUGUUCAUAAUUCCUCAAGAUACAUACAUACAUACAUACAUACAUACAUACAUACAUACAUACAUACAUACAUACAUACAUACAUACAUACACAAAAAACACUUCAGACUAAUCAAUGAAUAAUAAUCAGGAUUAAAAAUUAAUUAGGAUUUUUAAGGUGGAGCUAAGGAUGUUUAGAAGCCCCAGAGGGAUGAAGCUGCUCUUUUGUCUGGUGGUACAGCAGCAGAUACUUCUGUAUCUGUUGUCAGAUGGCAGCGGGUUGAACAGACUGUGGCUGGGGGGGUGUUGUCUUUUAGUAUCUUUGAUUUCUGUGCAGACAUCUCAGUUCACAGAUGUCACUGAUGUUCCGUAGAUGGGUCUUGCCACUGUAGAGCCUUCCUGUCGUGGGUCAUGAUGAACCAUGCCACUUUGUGAUGUUUCCAGUCAGGGUGCUCCUGUGUAAAAGCUGACAAGAAUAAGGCAUAGGAAGCUACUUUUACUGAUAUUAUAUUUCAUCAAAUUCUAUUUCUUUAAAUUCAGAGCUUCGUGGCUGAUUGGUUGGAGACUCUCAGUGGAUAAGACUACCUACCUAAAUGUAUACUGAUAAAUAAUUCUCAUAAAUCAGCUACAGAAUGAACAGGUCAGGCUUUGCUCAGAUUACAGGUGUUUUGACAUCCUAACCAGUCUUAAAAUCAAAUUUGCAUCAGACAGUAUUAUUACAAUUAUAACACGAGAGGGACAUAUACAGGUUGUUCUGUACUUACUGCUGUAAAGUUGGAUGCUUUGAAGGCCAUGAGCAUACAGCUUGUGCAUUAAGACUGAGAUGGAAUUUUGUUUCUUGAGGCUAAAGGUAAAAUGUCAGUUAGUUUAUGAUCAAAGACAGACAUGGCAAGGUCAUAUAAAGUAAAUGUUGCACUUCCAGUUGUUGUUUAGAUCCUGUUUGUGAUGCUAAUUUGUGAAGGAAUUCAUGUGAAUGGGUCCACUUGUAACUGAAGACAGUUCAGGAAACUUGGCAUAAUAAAUCUGAAAGGAGAAUUUAAACCUUACCAGACCUGGGAGACUAAUGAAAUCAAGUGAGGUAACUUAUCACUCACCUAUUAACAUGUAAGGAUUCCAUUGGGAAUUGCAAUCUUAACCAGAAAAUAUGCUUACAUAAGUUUGCCUAAGGCACAUUGUGUUAUCCUUAUACUCAUAGAAGACAGUCGAGUAAAUCAUAUCUAUUGGCCUUUAGCCUAAAGAAGGAAAAUUUGUUCAUACAGACCUGCCGUUUCCUCAUCUCUACCAUCUAAAUAACCUAUUCAGAUUUAAAUGUUAACAUCCAUCAGUUGUGCAUUAUUAUUAGGAUAGUCAACAAGCGCCUCCUCUGAUCUGAGCUCAGCCUGAGCAACACCCUAACAGCUGGUCAAUCCCUUCACUGGUUAGUCAUUAAAGGUGUGUGUCCACUUAGCAUCUGAAAUGAUCAGAGAAAAUCCCAAGGACUGCCCUGGGGAACAAGUGCCUGAAAAACAAAACACUCAAACUGCUCACAGGUGUGUGGUGACAUCAUGGGCUGCGGACUUGACUGUAACAUCUAUGAUGUCGAUCAUUAAUCUUCUGACAUUUUGAAACCAGGAGUUUUCCACACACAGCCAUCUUUGUCUGAUACUGCAGCCAGGAAAUUCAAGUACCGGUAUGUGUAAAAAGAAGAGAGCCUGGGAGGAGCUGAUGUGGGACAUCGAGCACUAACAUGAGUAAUAGUAAGGCCGAGACAACUGAUAAAUACCCCUUUGUAUGCCUUAAUCGUCAUUAUUGGAGCACUGAUUCUGAGAAUAGGUACACCAGACAUUUACAGGAGUCUCCUGUCACAUUCUUUACUGCCGCAGCCCUCAUGAGCUUCAUAUCCAGUUUUAUUUCAUUCCUUACCUGGGGUCAUUUCUGUGUUUUGCCUCUGUGUCCGCUGUGGUAAACAAUACAAUUGUUUGUUGUGACUCCUCCACUGUGACAGGUGUCUAAAUGAAUAUCUGUGAAUAUGUAUGCCCUAUUGAAAGAAAUUUGAAGUUGAAAUUAGGUGAUCAACUGAUUCAUUAGUCAGAAGGAAAUUAAUCACUGGUUGCAGCAUCCCGAAUACUAAAAGUUACUGCUUUUCAGUAGUCGUCUCUGGGGUCCAACCUUUGGGGUUGGACUGUUAUUUGGACAAAAUGAUCAUUUCAAAUAAAACAACCUGUGCUCUGGGAUGGUAAUGCAUAUUGUUCAUGAAUUUUGAGCCAAAUGACAUUAACAUCAAGUGUUUGCAGAUAACCACACCACAAAAAACACAAAAGAGCACUCUUAAGAAAAAAAGCAGAAUCUGGUACCAGUACUCUAAAAGCAGUGGCAUUUAGAAGAGAUGCCAGAUGGAUACCUCCAGUCACUUUGGCAGUUAACUAUAGUACAUUACUUCAGGCAAAUGUUGUUGUCAGUUAGGUAGGUAAUCACAGUAGUAUCUGUCAGUAGGCGGCUACAUCAGAUUAGAUAUCCUGCUGGAUAAACCCAGUCAGUUCACUAGUUAGUCUGCUGCUCCAACCAAGCAUCCUUCCACACUCGUAUAGCUACAGAAAUACAGUCUGUCACUUUUAUCUGUGUGCAGAUGAGCUGAUAAUGGCUUGCUAAGUACAUUUUCUGAUCAUAGUUUUCUAUGUGCGCAGCUGAACCUAGGUCUGUUUCUACCUUCCUGUUUUUAAUCAUCCGUACUGUCACUAGAUUCAAUUUAUCUGCAUGACAAGACCAGUGCAACAGCACAGAUGCCAAAAAACGUGAUAUUAUACUGCCCCAGUUUGAUUUUUUUUUAUGUGCAAUCAUUUGAUUUUGAAGUACUCUAAUUUUAUUUUAUCUGUUAAUGUAUAAUUAUGGUCAGAUUAUUUCAGUAAGUUUAAACAUCAACUUUGUCUGUGUGAUGUUGUUGAAAGGAGAGAAUUCCCCUGAGAGAAGUACUUCCACUGCCCGCUGCGCUGCAGGAUAAUAAUCACGAGGGCCUACAUCAUGGUGUAUUGACACUGAAGAACAACAUACAGUUUCAAACUGAUCAAUGUCUUGAAAUGUCUUGCUCAAGGACACCUGGCAGAGCACAUGGCUGUUAUUGGUGUCAAACCUGCUGUUGCAUUAUAAAUAAAGGAGUCAAACUGAA